UACAGUCUGGAAUGGACGCUUGGGCCUCUCGGGCCGCACUGUCACUUGACACUUGUCACUUUUUUAGCCGCUCGACCACCAUACAAAAAUUAACUUUAAUCAAUUUUCCAAUUAUCGAUAUGCACCAACUGCACUCGUAAAUCUGGCUGGUCUUGCAAAACGCGCACAACAUGCGAGCAGUAGGAUAAACGCAAAUAAGCAGCUAGCAGGAACGAGCAAUGACGCAGAGCCAUCUGGAUUUUGCUCGCUGCAUUCCGAAUAUUUGCGCUUGUUGUCGCGAAUCCGUCGCGAAUAACAUAGCCGUCCACUUGUACACCUACCUAUACAUAUGCGUAUAGAUGCUUCUUAUGCCAUCGACUGCCCGAGUUUAGCUCCUUUUUCGCCUUAUUCCGCUUCGCUCUGCCUAGGAACUUCAAUUUUUCGUGAAAAAUUUUUUUUUUGCAAAUUUAGUGCACGAUGAAGUUUUUUCUUCGUUAUUGCUCGUAAUGCGUCGAAAUCGUAAUUUUAACAAUAGCCGCCGGAGAAUAGAAAAUCAACUGAAUGCAACGACCUGGAGCUAAAUCGAAAAAUUCGAAUCGAUUCGAUUAUUCUUCUCGACAAACGUUGGACAAAUUUGAAAAAUUGCGGGGGAGGUAUGCGAGCACAUUUCACGUCGAUGCUGCAGUGUUGCAUUAGUCCACAUACGUUAGCUGCUGCUCUUGUGUGACGUUGUGUGUAUAUGUGUGUGCACAGAAUUACGGGGUCGGUUGCGCGCGCAUAUAUCGCGAAUUCGAAGAUAUGCACUGCACGCACACAAGUGCAGAUCGUUCAACCGACCCGAUGCGACGUCUAUUGCAUUGAGCUCUACGAGUCAAAGUCCACAGAGUAUAAAGGCGCGCAGCUUAUCAGCGCCGGCGACUCUGAAUUACAUCUUCCGAACUUGAUUGCCGCCGAGGCGGCUUAUUUGAACAGAGGCCGAAUUCCGAAAGCCAGUCCGUUCGCGGAUGAUUGUUGAAAGUCCAAUGCAGAUGCACUCAUAGCGACGCAGAUUUCAAAAAUUUUGCGCCAUAACAUCUUGAAUAGACUGUCUGCUGGAUGUCGCUCCGUGUUGUUGCGCUGUUGUUGCGAGACCGCUUGUUGUAUGACAGCAAGAGAGAUGGAGCUACAGAUGAAAAAAUGGCGUUCCACGUUAAAAAGCAAAGCUGCUGCACGCGCAGUGUUUACGUGCGGAGCUGAUCACCGUCUUCCUAACCCGAACCCAAUCGAGGUUAACCGUGCCGUCCAGAACUUCAAUAACAAAGUCCACUUGUCAGAAGAAAAUUGUUGCAACUCACUCGAUCGUGAACCAAAUACGACAAAAUGUACAAGCUCAAGCCGGUGAUCGAUCUGCCUAAGAAGGUUGAGCUGCCCGAGGGUGUCGUUUACAAGAUGCCAAAAAUUCUGGGCGUUCAGGAUGACGUCGCGGAGAUGGACGUCGAAUUGCCAGCUGGCUGGGAAUACGUCGACGACGACUGCAUGCCACAGGAAGUGGAUCCACAGAUUAAUUUGUUGGAGAAUAAACAAAUGUUAAUUCUUCAAGAGUUAUGCGAGUUAAAAUUGGAAAUAGAAUAUCUUAGUACAGCUGCACGAUUGGCUGACAUUUCAAAACCACCCCCUUAUGUACGAGAUACUCCAGAAUAUAUAGGCUUUUUAAAACAGGAACCGGUAGAAACUGAAAUAAUUGUAUAUGCCAAUCCUAACAGUCCUCCAUACUUUCUACUGGCUUUGCAACGACUGUGGGAUGAUACAAGAUUUAAUGUACAAAUUUACCAACACUCAUCAGUUCUUGCUGUAGCAAAUAACCAUUUCCAGGAAUAUUUAUUAAAAGAUACUGGAAAAACUUAUGUUCACAAUAUUGAUGUGAAACUCAUUUGGAAAAAUGUUUCAGAUAUUCAACUUGUCACCAAAGUCUAUGAUUAUCCUUUGGAAGGAGAAGCUAAUAUUUUACGCUAUCUAACCAGAUUAAUUCCAAAGUAUCUUUAUGAAAACUCCAAUGCUCUAGACCAAACCUCUACCAAUGACAGUGUACUGGACUACUGUUAUUUUUCAACUUUUGAAGAGACUAUAAACUUGAAACCUCUCUGUAUUAAAUUAAGUGACCAACUAAAAAAUGGAAAGUGGCUCACAAAAUCUAACAACCCAUCAAUCAUUGAUGUUGCAUUAUGGUCGGUCUUAAAACGACUUUCACAAGACAAAAUUCCUAAAGAAUUAAAAAGCUGGUAUGACUCAUGUGAAAAGACAUUUUUAUCAAAUUAAUGAUUGUUAAUAAAA